AUGGCAGGACAGCAGCCCCCCCGCAUUCACAAUGAGAUUUACCCAUUCCUUCACCCAUCAAAGUUCAAAAACUCUCUAAAGGGACAGAUUGCUGUUAUUACUGGUGCUCUUGGUACCAUUGCCGGUGCUACCGCAGAAUGCUUUGCUACUGCCGACGCCCGUCUCUUCCUAUCCGAUAUUCAGCCCUCACUGCCAGAUUCUACCAAGGAUUAUCUUUUGCAUCUUGGUGCUGAUGCAGUGCAUUAUUCUCGCUGCGACGUUGGCAACCCCAAUGAGUGCGAGGAACUGGUGAAACAAGCUGUUUCCACCGUAGGCGAUAUUGAUGUACUCAUCAAUGGUGCUGGAGUUGUUGGUGUCCGCGUGUUCCAUAAGCAGGAUCCAUCUCUUUUCUUACGAGACAUGGCCAUUAAUUUCAAUGGUCCACUAGUGCUGAUGCGUUUGGUCUUACCGAGCUUCAUUGAGAGACGCCGAGGGUGCGUGAUCAAUAUCGCUUCCAAAGCUGCCACCGUGGACUUUCCGUUCAACAUUAGUUACUGUACCAGCAAGGCGGCUUUGGUCAAAUUAACAAGCGUCCUACAGGCCGAAGUAGAUGAAGUUGUACCAUCAUCUGACAUCAGUUUAUACGCGAUCCACCCUGGCGCGGUGCGUUCAGGCAUGAAGACAGCAGAUGGCCACCAUGAUGCCGCACUUGCAGAGUUCCCUCAAGUCUUUUCCCGCUUUGAAGAGUGGAUGAAACGAUUCAUCGGCUCGCCGCACUUGGCUGGCAUGUCAUGUGUAGCUCUCGCAACGGGCAUUGCGAAGGAUGUGCUGAGGGGCAGAUACUACGAUGUCGAGCAGGAUCUGGAGGAUAUCAUUGCCCAGGCAUCGUUGUUAAAGGCGGAUCCGCUGCUUCACACUCUGCAUAUCAGUAUGCUCGGGUCAUUGGAACGGGAGCGGGACAUCACACCUGAUUAUUUUCUAUCCUAG